GACGCCCGCGAUGGCUGCCGUGGAGACGCCGCCCGCUGGCGCGCCGGGAGCUGCGCCGGCUGCCUCUCGCAAGCGGCGGCCCAAAGCGCAGUACCUGCACGCGGCCAAGCGGGCCCGGCCCGGCGGCUCCCGCCAGCUGGAGCCCGGCAUGUGCGGCAUCCUCAUCACCUGCAACAUGAACGAGCGCAAGUGCGUGGCCGAAGCCUACAGCCUGCUGGGCGAGUAUGGCGAGCAGCUCUACGGGCCCGAGCAGGUAGGAAGAGGACUUUGGGGUUUAGACUAGACUAGGAAAGGGGAGCAAGACGAGGCACGAUAGGAGCCUAAAAAAUUAGAUAUCGCUUGGGAAAGUGGGGGGAAAGAAGAACCGCCGGAAUCGUAAUAUCCUUAUGCAAAUCUGUGGUGCAGCUGCUUUUGGAAUAGAACGAAUUAAGUACUUAACCCGAGGUACCACUGUACUGUGUCUUCUCCCCUCGAAACGGAUAUUGCUGGGGAAGCGUUAGAAAAGGGCGACCAAAAAGGAUCAAGGGAAGGAAGCAACGCCCCCGUGAGGAGAGGUUGCAGCGUUUGGGAUUUUUUAGUUUAAGAGAAACGGCAAAUAAGAUGAUAGAAAUUCAUACAGCUCUGCGUGGUAAGGACAAAAUGGCUAGAGGAAACUUUCCCUUGCUUAACACCAUUAGAAAUUGUGGGGACCCGAGUUUAAUUGUUUAACACAGCCGUGUUAAUUGUUUUUUUAACAGGGCUGUGUUGAUUUUUUUUUUUUUUAAAGGAGAGACCUACCGAAUUUGUAUAAGAAUUUAAGCUUGCACCAGCUCUAAAGAAGCUUUCCUCGCUGAGUUAACUUGACAAUAUGUGUGCAUGUGUCUGUAAAGUUCACAGAUCAAGAUGAGAGCAGACUGUCAGGAAAUGAGGAGGACGACGACGAUGCUGAAACUGCAUUGAAAAAAGAAGUCAAUCAGAUUCGCACCUCAACAGAGCAGAAGCUGCGACGGUUCCAGUCGGUGGAGAGCGGUGCCAACAAUGUAGUUUUCAUUAGGACUCUGGGUGUAGGUAAGUGUGCAUGGAAUGGGAAGAGGCAGCAUAAUGGACAAGAGCAUAAGUUCUGAGCCCUGAAUAGACUAAGUGGAAAUGAUGGGCAUCAGAGGGGCAGACAGAGGGGUGGUAGAAAGAGAGAGAAAAGAGGUGGCUCUGCCCAGUUUUGGGACUGGCAUCUCCCUGUGUUUGCGCCUAGACUUCCAUGCUGUUAGAGAUGCCCUUUCUUCACCCAGAGGAAUGAGUGAAAAAGUCUCUCUCAUUGCCUUCUUCUUGCAGAGCCUGAGAAGCUGGUGCACCACAUCCUGCAGGACAUGAAAGCCACCAAGAAGAAGAAGACCAGAGUCAUCUUGCGCAUGUUGCCUGUUUCGGGCACCUGCAAAGCUUUCCUGGAGGACAUGAAACAAUAUUCAGAGACCUUCUUUGAACCUUGGUUUAAAAGUCCCCGUAAAGGCACUUUUCAGAUUGUUUACAAGGCUCGAAAUAACAGCCACUUGAGCCGGGAAGAAGUCAUCAAAGAACUGGCAGGUAAGUGAUUUAUUUUGUAAUAGGAAUAGGCAGAAGGUGAGUCAGGAUCUGUUGAGGAUCUCUGGGUGAUUUGUAGUAGGGUUUCUGACUCCCAGUUGUUUAAUAACAGCAACAAAAAAAUAGGGUGAUUUUUUCUUUGCUUUUAGGUUGCUGAAACAAAGCAAGCUUAGGGCAGGGGGAACAAGUAGGAUUUGUGUGUGAAAAGGACUGGGGGCUCUAUUCUGAGACUGAAAACAGAUUCCAGGGCACCAUUUUCCUUGCCUCUGUCAUAUCUCUCAGCCACUAUUUUUCACAUGACUUUGGUUGCCAGAUUUUUUCGAUCAGGCAUGGGGAACUGGUGGCCCUCCUGAACAUUGGCUGUAGUAGCAGGGGCUGAUAGGAGUUGGAGUCCGGCAACAUCUGGAGUCCUUCAGCUUCCCUAUCUCUCUUUUAGAUCUUCAUUUCUAACUUUAGUGCUUUCAGGGUGGGGUGGAACAGUGGGUUGGACCCAGACUAACAAUGCAGCCCUCUUAACAUACCUGCUUGGAAGUAAGUUCCAUCACGUUCAGUGGGCUUAUUCCCAGGUAAAUGGGCGCAGGGUUGCAGCCUAAGCUAAUUGAGUUCCCAUUGAUUUCAGCGGACCUGUGAGCAACCAACUUAACAGUGUAUUUUUAAAAAUAUGUAUCCUUAAAUGUGAGCCCAUUGAGUUCAGAUGGCCUUGUUCCCAGGUAGAGGAUUGCAGCCUGAAUCUGGAUACAUUCCCUUUGUAUGGAAGAGGAAGGUAUUAAAUACUUAAGCUGAAAUAAAAUAUGUUUGUCUCUCAUCAUCCCAAGUUUGGCCAUCAUCAUCAGGCUGUUCUUAAGUGGCCGAAGAUGAAAAGAUGAUGGAUUGCUAAAGACAUGCAGCACACAGUUAAACUGCAGCUUACUACCACAGGAGGUAGUUAUGGCUACCAACUUGGGUCACAUCCAUGCCAUACAUUUAUGGCACAUGGUGCCCUCCAAAAAAUCCUGGGAACUGUAGUUUGUUGAGGGUGCUGGGCAUCGUAGCUCAGUGAAGGGUAAACUGCAGCUCCCAAGAUUCUUUGGGGGAAGCCAUGUGCUUUAAAUGUAUGUUGUGGAUGUGACUUUGGACGGCUUCAAAAGAAGAUUAGAAAAAUUUGGAGAAUAAGAUUAUGUUCUACCUCCACUGUCAGAGGGUGUAUGCCUUUGAAUACCAGCUUCUGGGACUCGCAAGUGAGGUGAGUGCUGUUAUGCUGAGGUCCUGCUGGUGGGCUUCCCGUAGAGGCAUCUAGUUGGCCUCUGUGAGAACAGAAUGUGGGGUUAGAUGGGCCUUUGGCCAGAUCCAGCAGAGCUCUUCUUCUGUCCUUAGUCUCUUGGCCCUUAUGGGACACCAUCUCUUCAUUUGUGGCUGAUCAAAAGUAUUACUCUCCAAGCUUAUCAGACGGCUUUCUGCCUCCCCAACCCUUCUUUGUUGCCUUGGCAGGAGUCGUUGGCCAUCUCAACCCAGAAAACAAAGUUGAUCUGAGCAACCCCGAGUUCACCAUCGUGGUGGGGAUCAUAAAGAACAUCUGCUGCUUGAGUGUGGUGAAGGACUACAUUCUGUUCAGGAAGUACAACCUCCAGGAAGUGGUGAAGAGCAAGGAAGGGGAAGGGCAGCAGGAUGCUUCCAAAGUGUCCCAAGAGGGGGACCUGGAUGGGGGGAAACCAACUGAGGAGGAGAAAGUGGAGGAGAAGACGGAGGUGGCAGAGGCCAGCGACAAUCACAAGGACUAGGACCAUUAAUGAAACUUACAGGGGGAGAGACUCUGAAGGAUGGCUCUCAAUGAAUUGGGUGUGGGUGUGCUUUAAUUGUCCUUUAUAACUCUAUGGGAGUUAGGCUGUUUAGCCAAACCACCAAUCUGCACAAAUCGAGGAGGAACAUCAAACUAAAUGUUGCCACAGACUAGGAAGCAAGGGAACACCCUGGAGCUCGCAAACAGGAGAACAGAGCUCUCUGAUCAGAAGCCGCAGCCAAACUGAGAGCUCCCUUCUCCUGUUUGCAAGCUCCAGGGUGUUCCCUUGCUUCCUAGUCUGUGGUUACAGUAGUUGGGUGUUCCUCCUCGAUUUCUGGAGAGGGAGUCGGAGCAUACAAAGGAAGAGUUGAGAGCUGGUGAGCCCCAAGGCAGGACCCUGACAGUCACACUGUGCUUUAGAUAUGAAAUCUGAACCAAGCCUCUAGCUCCAGUCCAGCAAAUGUAAGUCUCUGUAAAAAUGUCAACGAGAGAGGUGAAACUCAAAGCAUACCAAGGCUUGAGUUCCUUUUGACAAUGAGAUUUUGGCCUAAUUUUGCUGAAUCACCCCCCCCCCCCCAUCAACAUUAACUGCUACUUAAAAGGCGCUAUUUCUCAUUUGCUGUUGGUGUUAAAUCCAGACACAGGCAGCAUCUCCUGUAUGGUUGUUUACAGACAAAUAACACUAUCUGUGUGGGUUCUUGCUGCCUUGUUUGGUAACAAGUGUUGGUCAAUAUAGGGCAAGCAUGCUAUCUUCAAGCCAAUGAACUGAUGCAAGCCAUAAUCAGAUUUUCACACUGGCCUGGCCACGGCUACAUGCUUCAGAUUUCUAAACUAUUGUGAAUCCAGAGUUGAUUCAGGAUCUGGGACGAACACUUCCUAAAACCAUAGCAGAGUGUGGUGGAGAGGGAGCAGGGUUUUUUUUUUUUAAUGCCUAAAAAAUACAAGUUUUAUAAAAAACCUCGUGGGUAGUAUACACCUUAUGUGUUGGUAGGGGUUUAUUAGCAGCUAGAUUACAGGUGGGGAACCUGUGGCCCUGCAACUUUUGCUGGACUACAGCUCCCAUCAUCUCUGACUGAUGGGCCACAUGGGCUGGGGCUGAUGGGAGCUGGAGUCCAGGAAAUACUUGGAGGGCCACAGCCCCCCCCCCCCCAGCCCUGAAGUAGACAAAAGAUCUGCAAGUAAGUUGAGAGAGAAAUGAAACUGUAUUGAAAUGUGUUUGCAGAGAUUGGGAAGAAUCCUUUUGGAGUUGUUUCCACAGGCAAGGUGGGCAACCUUUAGCUUAUGAGUUUGCAUUAGCUGUGGCUGGCAGCUAACAGACCAACACAGUUCUCCACCAUCUCUGCCAGUGGGUGCGUUGUGUCCUCCUGCUAGACCUGGCAGGUUCUAGCCACCUUGUGCCAAGCAGCGUGUUGGUGAAUGUUGCUUAAUGAACCCACAUACAGGGUAAGGUAAGGUGGGUUUGCUCCAGGAGGAUGUUGUAGCCAGAUAAUCCAGCAUGGGUGACUGCCUUUCCUAAGCAAAAUCCUUUUCUGAAGAUUGAGAAAGGAGGGACAGGAGAAGCAUAGAUGCCAGUGGUCUCACAAGCAGGGCCACACAACUCUGGCCUUUGACUGAUGUCUGUAUGAAAGGCUCUUCUGUUCUACUGCAGGCCUGGUUUCCCGAUGGAGCCCCAUAACACCCGGGUUCCCAGUUCCCAACUCCCAUCAAUGCCAGCAUGGAAACUGUAGUCCCAGCAACACCUGGAGGGUCAAAGGUUUCCCACCCAGGCUUCAGAUACAUAGUAUGCCCCCUCCCCAAAGCACCCACAUAGGGGGGAUGCUGCAGCGAUACCUCAUCUUCUGACCCUUGAAAACUAGGAGAGCCGGCCAGGGUAGUCUUGCAUUCAUCUCUGUAGCCCAUGGAAAAGAGCAGCACCAGUGUCUUGCAUUUAUGAGCAAAGAGCUGCCCUGCUCUUUUCCAUUAACACUGGGUCACACUGUUAAACUAGAGGUGGGAAGUUUAAAGGGGAAUGCCUGCCCUCCAUUUAGCAGACAACUGUGACCCUAGAGAUACAGCCUUGUGGCCCAUUUGUGGGAAGGAUCUGCCACUGCUUUUCUGUCUUGGGCCAUAAAAUUUGCCUCAGCCAUUUCCCAGGCUCCCAUUUCUGGCCCCAUCAGAAAAUUGGUAGAGUCAGCUCUCUGUCACAUAUACUUCCAGGCAGUUUCACGGCGCUUGCUUCCAGAGCAACAAAAUCCUUGACAGAGCAGCUGAAGGGUGAGGGCUGUGAGCAGACAGAAACUCGCACCUCUUUUGGUUGUUAGGGGAAGAAAUUAUUAUAGGCCUGGGAAAGUGACAAAAUAGGCCUGGAGUGAGACACCAGAGCAUUAGUUCUGCUGGGGAGCUGCAAAAAGCAUUUUUUGCGGGGAGAGGGUGGGUAAUUCCUCUAAGAUCGAAGGUGUUGUAUGGAGCUUGGGAAGCGUUCUUUUUUUAAAUUGGGUCUUGCAGUGUCAUUUUAAACUUCGUUUUUUAAAACAAGUUGCCUGCAUGAGUUUGGCUUUAGUUUCGAUUUGGAAUUUCCUUCUCAGAAAAGAAUCCUUGUAAUAGAAGAACGUCUGAGACAGGUUAAAAAAUAAUGAUUCUGUUUUGUAUAUUGUCUUGUUUUUGUACAUUUUUUUUUAUUAAACUGAUUUUGUUUCAGUUUGAAGCC